UGCUUGAGAGAUAAAGCAGCUUUUCGAAACAUUUCAAGCAAGACGGUAUACCAAGACUGUCAAGACUAACUCCAGCUUCUCCUCCCAAUUGAGAGCUUUAAAAUUUUUACAAGAAAAUGGCUGGAUUUGCACUAACAGAUGAUCCUUUCAUAGGGGUAAAGGGAUUCAUAAAUACUUCAAAAACAAAAAUGUGGGUUAGCAAUUUCCGGAAAUAUUUUCUUGUUGGACACCCAGAAGAGUGCACUGCCAUUUUCGAAUCAGAUGUAGAUGCUGGAGCGGAACAAGCAACAUUCUACCUAGAGACAUACAGGGAGAUUGGUGGUGAUGGAAAUGGCAUUCCAGUGGCCAUCAGUUGCCAAAUAGGCAGUACAAAUUACCUUCUGUGCAUAGAAUGCAAUUUAGUUAUUCUUAAGGAAACUGAAUUGCCAGAAGAAAUCCCAGAAGAGGCCAGUGAAUAUAUCUUCUACAAAAGAAAUUCUGAUGACAAAAAUGUAACUUUUGAGUCAUCAGUGGAGAGAGGAUUUUGCCUUGGAUGCAAUGAAGAUGACCAGUAUCUGGUGCUAAAGCCUUAUCUUGAAGAUGAAUUUGAUGCAUCUAAAGCAUUCCUCUUGAAAUAUUCUUCAGAAAAAUAUUUAAAGGAAGUUACUGGGAGAAAACACCCAUAUCAUUUCCAGAAUAUCCAUAAAGACUUGCUUGUUGCUCACCCAAAAGAGUCCGCUGUCACUUUUGAUUCAGUUGGAGAUGUAAAAGGAGGAUGAACUGCCAGCAGUUAUACUAACGGACACCAGUGAAUUAAUUUUCUACACGAAAGCUUUUGCUAAUGGGACAUCAUCUCUCCGGUUUGAGUCAUCUUCUGUAAAGGAUUUUUGCAUUGCCUGGAAUAGCAAAGACUCUAAGGUGAUACUAAAGCAGUAUUCUGAAAAUAACCUUGAUGAAACCAUAAAAAUGUCUCUUACAGAAAGGGACUAACCCAACAAAACGGAUUGACUCCUCCUUUGUGAUUGAUUCCAAAACAUUUAAAUCAUUCAUUGUUUCACAGAGAUAUGACCUUGCUUUGCAUUGUUAUUAGAGAUGAGUGAAUUUUUCAAAAGUUCGAUUCGGUUGAUUUGCCAUAUUUUACAAAAAAAGUCGCUUCGUCUUACUUCGUCACGAAGUGCAUUGUUUUGUAAGUAGUGGGUGCAAUGACAGGGAGCUGCGAUAGCGCCAUUACCCAUCAUUGUACCCCUCAGGUUGUCUGAGUUAUUUUUUUGUUCUUUGUAUGUUUCUAACUAAUCAAAUGUUUACAACUUUCAAGGCUUUACAACUGACUUACUUCAUCUGCAGUGGCUCCUUUCUCAGAUUUCA